CCUAUCCCUACCUCCAUACUACAGCUUGGAAUUGCUUUCGAUAACUCGGUUGCUCGUCCUGUCUCUCCGUCACUUCACAACGCAGCAUCCUACUACGAAACUUGAGAGACGAGUAUAGAUCUCUGCUAGGAUCAGUCACGGUGCUUCGCAACAGAAGUUCGUCUAGUAUCUGAGAAAGGUCUUCAAGACAGCGAAGUUCGCUCCAUGGCUCGCGCAAGUGUGUUCGCAGCGUCAGCGCUUGUGGCGCUGCUCUGCACGGCGCUCUGCGCCGUCGCGCAGCUCCGCCCCGGCUGCAUCCAGAAAUACACGUGUCCGCAGCGCACAACGCGGUUGUGCGGCGUGUGGAAGACGUGCAACGUCGUGAGCGACUGGAACCAGGUCGACAGCUACGUCGUCUGCGACAACUGCGCGUAUCUCCCCAAGUUCGACGCGCCGGAAGCCACGUGCAACUUCAAAUACGGCCGCUGCAUGAAUAACACCAUCGACGGCAAGACGUGCAAGAAGGGCGACAAAUGCGGCGACCCCAACUUCAAGUGCAUGCCCAUCAACGGCUAUGGCGGCGUCUCCAUUCCCCACCGCUGCUGCCGGACCACGUGUCCCCCCGGCCUCUGCGGCACGGGAAACAAGACUCUCAACUACAGGAACCUCUGCGGGUACACCAUGAAUUGCCCCACCAACUGCCCCGAGGAAGCGGCCAGGAAGAAGUAGACAUUACUGGUCACGAGCCGUUACCAGCGGCUGGAGCGGCAGGUGAUCAGGAUCAGGUGACGAGGCGAUAGUGUUUACUCGGAGGCUACACUCCGCAACCACCCUGCUGUUAUGCCCAGACAGCUGGAUGGUUGCAAAUAAAGCCAGCUGCGUGCGAUUCUCGCGGCGAUUGGGUCGUAGCAUCGCAGGCCAGCUCAUGUAUUAUGAACGAAGUACUGAACGCUCUCUUCAUUAAGAUAUGCGUUGCGUCUAUUUUCUGUAAACAUCAUCAAUUAAUUCUUCCCGAAAGC